UUUCUUUCCGUUCUUACCUCACGUGCGCAUUUAUUUUUCUAUUUAAGUUGUUCGAGUGUUAAAAAAUUGCAAUAAUAAAGAAUGAUAAUGUUACAUUCGUUUACACAAUAACAUAUGUAUACAUUUUCCGCCAUUAUUUUCUUUAGUGGCACACAGACUCAUGGGUAAGAACACUGUAUCAGUGACGUCACAUAAUUAGAGUAAAUACAAAGUAGACUGAUGUGUUAGUGGCGUGCUGUGUUGUUAGCUCAGUGAUUUCUUUCAAUUUUAACAUGGAUAAUAACAAGAUACAGUUGAUUGGAGCUCCGUGUGGUCAUCAUGGACAAUAUACAUUUUACAAAGCGUUUAAAUAUCAUAAGAACGGGAAAUUAAAAAUUUUGGCUUUGAGUGACUUUUUCUUUGUGAAAUUAUGGAGUGAUUCAGAUUUGAUAAGUAUUGGUGAACUACAGCUUUUAUGGAUUGAUAAAAAUAGCGAUCAAGUGCUUGCAAGUUUACGACUUUAUUUCCUGCCGGAAAAUACGCCUGAGGGAAGGAACGAUGAUCACGGAGAGGACGAGGUGCUGGCCAUCUCGGAGAAGGUGGUGCUGCGCGUGGAAGACCUGCUGAGCCGCCUGGUGGAGCGCGCCGGCUGGGGCCGCGGGCUGCAGGCCGUGUGCGAGCGGGACUGCCCCGCGGCCGAGGGCCCCGCCGCCGGCCCGGCGCCGGACAGCGCGCUGCGCUUCCAGGACGUGCUCGACGAGAAGGCGCAGGUGGAGAACGGCGUGGACGACGACCACCCGGGGGCCUCCGUGGUGGUGCUGAGCUUCCCGCGCUACUGCAGGUACCGUGGCAUCCUCAAGAGGCUGGAGGGCGUGGCCGACAAGUGGCUGCGCAACACCUUCGUGGCGGCCCUGGGGGGGUUCGCCGUGCCGCGGCGCAACACUCACGUCCUCUUCUGCAAGGACACCUUCGACUACCCCGACCUCGAGGGCCACGAGCUGCUCUGCAACCACCUGGCUCCAAACCUGAAAGGUAGGCCUCGAAGAAAAAGAAAAAAGAGAAGCCUUUCUCCGGGAGGUUCCGAGUCCAAUGAAUCCGAGUCUUCAUUCUCUACUGUCUCCUCCAGUCUCAAGGUGAGGACCACCGCGCCGGGCAACACGGGCGGCGGGAGGAACGGCCUGCGCUGCAACGUGCAGCCGCGCAGAAGCAGCCGUGUCGUGGUCGGCCACGAGGAGAGGGAGUUCCUGGUGAAGCUGCACGCCUUCAUGAGGACCCGGCGCACGCCCAUCGACCGCGUCCCCCACCUCGGCUUCAAGGAGAUCGAUCUGUUUGCGUUCUAUACCAAAGUCCAGAAGCUGGGUGGAUACAACGUAGUGACGGCGAACCGUAUGUGGAAACCCAUUUACGAUGACCUGGGAGGCCACCAAGGCAGCACCAGUGCUGCCACCUGCACCAGGCGUCACUAUGAGAAGUUGCUGCUGCCUUACGAAACAAGCAUAAAAGAUAAAACUAGUAAAUCAUCUUCAGAGAAGCGCAGCGCAAAAUUCAGAUCUUCGUCGUUACCAGAUAAAGAUUCAGAAGACAAGUCUGAUAGCAGUUCGAGUUCACCUCCAACCACAACUAUAAAGACAGAAUCAAAGGUCGUGACAAAUGGCUGCCCUUCGAAAGAAGCGGGUAAGACGUCUUCCCUGCGCAGCAUCAGGCCCAAGGCUGAGAAGCUCGAGAAGCUUGCCGCCCAGGAACUGGCCAACUGCUCUGUGCCCAAGGACAAGGAGAACAUCCCCGUGUCCAACGUGUCGGGCAGGAGCGCCGGCGACGCGGCACAGGACGUGGUCGUCCCGGAGGCAGCGGCCGUGGCCAAGCCGCUGCCGGAACCGAUCAGCCCGGUGACGGAGCAGGACCUGCCCCUGAGGGUUCCCCAGCCGCCCGUGCCCUUGUUCAAGAAGCGCAAGCUGGAGAUCCUGAAGGAGGGUGGGCUGGAGGUGACCGCCGUGGCGGCCACCGCCACCGUGGGCACGGUCACCAUCAGCGCGGAGAGGCGCCCGUCCGUGAUCCGGCACGCCAUGCCCGAGCCCCAGCAGGUGUCCAUCACGGUCACGCCCGACGUGGGCCUCGUGCUGGCCGGGAGGCAGCCCCGGGCGCCGGCCGGACAGUCGCGCUCCAUGUUCGCGCGCUCCCAGGCCACCGUGUACGGCAACCCCAAAGACGUGCUCUUCCUCGGGCCUAGCGUGAGGCCGUCUUCGCACCUCGUGCCGCCUGCUCUCUCCGCGGACGUGGACGUGGAGGUGCUGGACCUGCGAGUGCGGUGCGCCGACAAGCCCAAUGUGACCAUCUGCAGAGUUCCCGACAUGUUCGUUCCCCACAGCAUGAACAACACCUCUGUCACCUCCACCACCACCACCUACACCAACCCCAACCACAACCACAACCACAACCACACCGUGAAGAACUCUGUGAGGAAUAAUGGUGCAGCGCUUCCCAUAAUGGAUGGUAAGGCCAUGGUGAGUCCCAAUCUAGAAAUAACCGUCGUGGAUGUACCUCGGGUGGUAGGAACGACGGUGCCGCAGAGGUUCCGACCGGUUCACGAAGAGAAAGUUAGUCAACAACGAAAAUCGCUGCCGUCUAAAUUUGCGAACCGAGGGACCGCUAGAAAUGAGAAUGGAAGGAGUCGCAACUAUGCAGAGUUGAUAAUACCCAACCCGUUCCCUGGUGAACGGAGGAACGUGGACAGUUCGCCAGGCAGGUUCGCGCAGCUGCCGGCCUGCAGGGGGUCCGUCCCGACGGGCUUCGUGGUGGGCACACCCCCGGGGCUGCCCGGCUACACCGGGGACACCUUCCUGCCUCUCGUCGACCCCAUGUACUUCUCGCUGUACGAUUCCCGCAGGAUGUACCCCCAGCAGGUGUUCGCCCCCUCGCCAGUGUUCGAGCCCAGCCCGGAACACCUGCAGCUGUACAAGGAGUUGAUGAGCGCGCACGGGGGCCUCAGGUUCUCGCACCACCCCAGCAUCGGCAGCAUCCUGGGGCUCCCCCGGGACGGGUCGGUGUCCAUCACGCCCGUGGACCGGUCCCCCCCGCCGUCCUCCAAGUGACCCCGGCAGUAGUGCCAGUUGUCGCAGCAUGUGAUAGCCGCCCGGUGCCUCGUGACCGUGUUUCACCGGUAGUUGUCGUGCUCAACGAGUAUACGUUGCAUGUAAAUAAUAAGUUAAUGGUACGCAUGUAAAGUAUGUAUAGAUUUUAUACUGACCAAUGUUGUUAAAAUGUACUUGUUAUAUACAGUAAAACACUUUAUUUUAGUUUAAGUUGUGUUUAUACCAGUUAUUUAUAUUUUAUACUUUUAGAGUAUAAUAGUAAAGAAAAUUUAUUUUUAUUCAGAGUUAAACAGGAGAACUGUCUGUUUUUGUUAGAAUAUUUGAAUGAGCACUUACGAAAAUAAAGUGUAAUGCUUCAAAUAUUUUACUACCAAAAUAUCAACUAGAUGGUGAAGUCAAAAACAAAAGUGAAGUUGUUCCUGGUGUACCAGAUCUCAUUGUAAGAAUUUUUUUCACAGCUUUUAUUUGUAGCGCUGUAUUAAUAUUUGAAAAAUAAGCAUUCAGUUUUGAAGCAGCAAUUUUUUUCUGAGGGCAUUUGCAGUUUCUGCCUUGUGUUCAUUGUGUUUUCUGUAGUCACUAGUUAAAUAUUUGUAAACAGAUAUAAAUGCCAAAGAUGAUUUGAAAUUUACUUGACAGUUUCCAGAUACAUAGUUCCUUUUUACUAUCUGCUUGUCAAAAAAGUCACAGCUGUGAAUAAAUCAAGCAGUUAUGUCGCACUCUUGCAUGGAAGUAGUUGAAAAGUCGAACCUAACAACCUCAUGUAACUAUACAAUUUUAAAACAUAGUAAGUUAAUAUUCUUUGUAGUAGUGUGCACACCUUUAGAAUUUGCUAAAGUUUCUAAGUGAAUUCAGCAUUUGAAAUUCAGAUGGUUACAGUAUUAUAUUAAUAUGCAGUAUUUCUGAAUUAUUUACAGACCCAUGUUUGAGUAUAAACGAGUCGUAAUAUUCUCACUAAAAAUUGCCAUACAUAUUUGUUCAACUUCAAAUUAGCUAUGUUCAUGCAUUUUAUUUCACCUCAAAUACAAAGGUGUUAAUUUCGUUAUUGUAUGCAGUAAGUUCGUAUUUGAAAGAUAUGGGUUUAGUGUGGUUAAUUAUAAUUAUUUAAAAUCACAUGUGCAUCAGAGAUAAAGAUUAAUGUUUUGAUGAAAAUAUCCAUAGUGCCAAUAGAGCUUAAUAAUGUAAUAUAUAAUAUCAAAAUCUCAAUUUAAAAUCUUAAUGCAGAGUACACAAUUGGAAUCUUGUACUUGAUUUUGAUUAUUCAAAAGGAGUCCCUCAUAAGCAGUGAAAAAUUUAGAACCUCAUUUUACAUUAGCUAUUUCAUAUCUUACAUACUUUAUAAUAACUGCUAUCAUUGGAGCUGAUUGUUUCUCAUUUUGAUUUUGGUAAAGUAAUUUAUGUUCAAAUUUUUUUAGUACCUGUAUAAGUACAACGGCAGAUCCAUAGAAAAAAAAAUAGUUUUACUCCUUUUUACAAAUUAUUAUUGUAUUCUGAGAAAUGUUAUUUAAAAAGCAGUGUUUUAUUUAUUUAAAAAGUAAAAGAUAAGUCUAAAAUAUUUUAGACAGUGGUGGUAUGGUUUUUUUCUAAAUGUUUUCUUGCCCUUCACUAUUUUAUGUCACUAAAGAUUUGUUGUGUCAUUUUUGAUUUUCCAGUCAAAGCAACAUUUUCCAUAGUGAAUCAUUACACCACAAAAACUACCAGGAUAAUGAAAAAUAGUAUUUACAGCAUGCAUGAAAAUAUUUUUUGUGUUGCCAAAAAUGUUUAAUAACUAAAUAAUAUAGCAAUUUUAAAUAAUUUAUCCAGUGGCAAACAUUGUUUCCAUAGAAAUUCUUUCUCUUAAAAUGCAGUGCAGAGUAAAUGGUGUAUGUUUUGGCCAGAUUUCACUGAAUUAUGAAUGCAUAAGUUUGACCAUUACAUUAUAUUACAUUAAAAUUCUAAUAUUGUAGGUUCUGUUUUCUGAUGGAUUAUACUGGUUGGAGAUAACAAAUUUUAUGCUACACGUGUGAAUAGACAUUAUUUUGCUGACAAAAAAAUGACAAUCUUUUCUUAACGAAACAAAUAUGGCUGUGAUUCAUACCUGCACAUAUACUGAAAUUGCUGAAAGUGAAAUUAAAAUAAUGGCUUUGAACAGAACAUGGUUAACCUUACUUGCACAAGACUUUCAUAAGUUUGUUUCCUGAAUAUUUUCUAUUACUUUUGCAGGGUUUAUUUUUAAAGUAGGUAUCCUAUUUUAAGGUCUUGCUAAUGUUGUAAAAACCUUUUUUGAAGUUAUACUUCUUUAGGCGCAUUAUGAAAAAAUGAUGAGAGUGAAAUUUUAAGAUGCGCGUCACUGUAACACAAAAUUAACAGGUUGAAGCUCAUUAAGUCUAUAAAAAAAGCUAACAAAAUAGAAAUAGAACCUUUAUUAGUCACGCAUGGUGGCACGCUCGUCGCCUCUGAUCACAGUUUUCAUAUUUAUAAUAUUUAUCCAUAUGUUUCUAGUUUCUACAUUCACAACACGUGUUUUAGUUUCAUACAAGUGCGCAUUAUAUAUGUGCUAAUAAAUUAUAUUCAGUACUGAUUUAAAUUGAAUAUUUUGAUAAAUAUUAUUUACUAUUCGUAAAUAUUAGUAAAAAAAAUUGUGCCAUUAUACGUUUUCAAGUGUUCCGAUAUA